GCGGCCAGAUAAUAACAAUAUUAUUAGAGCCUGGCAACAAUAUAUUAUAGACACAUAAAAAACACCCCACCAUGUCGGUUGCCUUUGCUUCUGCUCGCCCAAGAGGCAAAGGGGAGGUCACCCAGCAAACUAUCCAGAAGAUGCUAGACGAAAAUCACCACCUAAUACAAUGUAUUAUGGAUUAUCAGAGCAAGGGGAAAACUGCAGAAUGUACUCAAUACCAACAAAUCUUGCACAGAAACCUGGUUUACUUGGCAACAAUAGCAGAUUCUAACCAGAAUAUGCAGUCCUUGCUUCCUGCUCCACCAACGCAAAACAUCAACUUGGGCCCUGGAGGAAUGACUCAGAGUGCAUCCAACCAAUCCCUCCAUUCACAGAGCAAUCUCAGCGAUGCAAUUGGGACGGGCCUUCCUCCUUCCUCCCUCAUGCAGAGCCAGAUUAGCAAUGGUCCUAAUCACGUGUCUAUGCAGCAGUCAGGCCAGAACACUAUGCCCACGACCUCUCUGAGUAUGACUGUCAGCAGUCAUGGAACUGGGCCUGGUUAUAGCCAUACAGUGCCUGCAUCUCAGAAUGUGCCAAUGCAAGGCCAGGGGUCAAUAGGCAAUUAUGUCUCUCGAACAAACAUCAACAUGCAGUCUAAUCCAGUCUCCAUGAUGCACCAGCAAGCAGCAACGUCACAUUACAACUCGGUGCAAGGAGGAAGCCAGCAUUACCAGGGACAGUCCUCCAUUGCCAUGAUGAGUCAGAGCAACCAAGGCAACAGCAUGAUGGGCCAGCGACCAAUGGGCCCUUACAGAGCUUCACAGCAAGGUUCCUCGCAGCAGUACAUGGGUCAGGAAGAAUAUUACAGUGAGCAGUACAGUCAUGGACAAGGCUCAUCAGAACCUAUGAAUCAGCAAUACUAUCCAGAUGGACACGGUGAUUAUGCCUAUCAGCAGUCGUCCUACACUGAGCAGAGCUAUGACAGGUCAUUUGAUGACUCUACACAACACUAUUAUGAAGGAGGAAAUUCUCAGUACAGCCAGCAGCAGGCAGGAUACCAACAAGGAGCUGCACAACAGCAAACGUAUUCCCAGCAGCAAUACCCAAAUCAACAAAGUUACCCAGGACAACAGCAAGGAUAUGGGCCUGCACAAGGAGCCUCGUCACAGUAUUCCAGCUACCAACAGGGACAGGGGCAGCAGUAUGGGAGUUACAGAGCUUCUCAGACAGGCCCGUCCGCUCAGCAACAGAGGCCGUAUGGCUAUGAGCAGGGACAAUAUGGAAAUUACCAGCAAUAA